AGUCCCAACCCAAUCCUCACAUCGCAGAGCAAUCUCGAAGAGCAAACGACCCGCACCACCGGCCACAGACGGAGAGUUCGAGAGCAGGGAAAUCUGAAAUUUGGAGAGACCAAAGAUGGCAGCGACGAACAAGAAGAUCGUGCUGAGGAACCACGUGACGGGGUUCCCCAAGGAGUCCGACAUGGAGCUCGUCGCCGCGACGGGCGCCGCGCCGUCCAGGGUGCCCGAGGGCACGGACGGCGCCGUCCUCGUGAAGAACCUGUACCUGUCCUGCGACCCCUACAUGCGCGGCCGCAUGUCCAGCCAUGACGGCUCUUACGUCGACGCUUUCGUCGUCGGCGAGGCUAUCACCGGCUAUGGCGUCGGGAAGGUGGUGGACUCGAGCCACCCGGGGUUCAAAGCCGGCGACCUCGUGUGGGGAAUGACGGGAUGGGAGGAGUACAGCCUCAUCAAGGAUCCCAGCAGGGCCCUCUUCGCCAUCCGCCAUCCCGACCUGCCGCUCUCCUACUACACCGGCCUCCUCGGCAUGGCGGGCUUCACGGCGUACGUCGGGUUCCACGAGAUAUGCGCGCCAAGGGAAGGCGAGAGGGUGUACGUCUCCGCCGCGUCGGGCGCCGUGGGGCAGCUGGUGGGACAGUUCGCCAAGCUCAUGGGCUGCUACGUCGUCGGGAGCGCCGGCUCCGACGACAAGGUGAGGCUGCUCAGGGAGAAGUUCGGCUUCGACGACGCCUUCAACUACAAGAAGGAGAGUGACCUGAGCGCGGCCCUGAAGCGGUGCUUCCCGGAAGGGAUCGACAUCUACUUCGAAAACGUGGGCGGCGCGAUGCUGGACGCCGUGCUGCUCAACAUGCGGGUGCGCGGCCGCGUCGCGGCCUGCGGGAUGAUCUCGCAGUACAACCUGGAGCACCCCGACCCCGUCCACAACCUGACGGCCAUCGUCACGAAGCGGCUCCGGAUCGAAGGGUUCAUCGUGUCCGACCACUACGCCAGGUACAGGGAGUACGAGGAGAAGGCCGCGCGGUAUGUGAAGGAGGGGAAGAUCGCGUACGUGGAGGACGUCGCCGAAGGGCUGGAGAACGCGCCGGCCGCGCUCAUCGGGCUCUUCUCCGGCCGCAACGUCGGCAAGCAGGUGGUCGUCGUCGCCAGGGAGUAACCGCGAGAUGUGUAGUUAAACGUGUAGCGGUAUGGUUACACUUCACUAGUGCUGUGCAUUGUCCUGAUGGCUGAUGCUGUGUUUAGAUGUGUCAAGCUUAGCUGAAUGCGUUGGAUUUUGUAUCUUGAACAUCAAUAACGGUGUAUUUUAACAAGUGUUUAGUUGUUUUGAAUACACAGUAAGACAAGAUUAAAGUGAUUUGGCUCUA